ACACUGUGUGCUAUUCAGUGUGUGUUGGUUCUAGUUCAUUUCAGUUCAUGAGCAACAUAUUUUGUUCGUCAUUUAAUUUUUGUUUUUUUAAUAUGGCUGAUACAAAGGGUUUUUCGAGCAUUGAGACACCCGGCUAUGUGGGCUUUGCCAAUUUGCCCAAUCAAGUGCAUCGCAAGUCCGUGAAAAAAGGCUUCGAAUUUACGCUGAUGGUUGUCGGCGAAUCGGGCUUGGGCAAAUCGACGUUGGUAAACAGUUUAUUCCUCACCGAUUUAUAUCCGGAGCGCAUUAUACCUGAUGCCAUAGAAAAACAAAAGCAAACUGUAAAGCUGGAGGCAUCGACCGUAGAAAUUGAGGAGCGAGGCGUUAAGCUUCGUCUAACGGUAGUCGACACACCUGGCUUUGGCGAUGCCAUCGAUAAUUCAAAUAGUUUUAACGCCAUAUUCGAGUACAUAGAUGAGCAAUACGAACGCUUUCUCCAGGACGAAAGCGGACUAAAUCGUCGCAAUAUUGUGGACAAUCGCAUACAUUGUUGCUUCUACUUCAUAUCGCCUUUCGGACAUGGUCUAAAGCCUCUCGAUGUGGAAUUCAUGAAGAAACUGCACUCGAAGGUGAACAUUGUGCCUGUAAUUGCCAAAGCCGAUUGUUUAACAAAGAAGGAGAUAUUGCGUUUGAAAUGCCGCAUCAUGCAGGAGAUUGAGAGCCAUGGCAUUAAAAUAUAUCCACUGCCCGACUGUGAUUCAGAUGAGGAUGAAGACUACAAGGAGCAAGUGAAGCAAUUGAAGGAAGCUGUGCCUUUUGCCGUCUGCGGCGCUAAUACUCUGCUCGAGGUGAAGGGGAAAAAGGUGCGCGGUCGCCUCUAUCCAUGGGGUGUUGUUGAGGUUGAGAAUCCGGAACAUUGUGAUUUUAUCAAACUGCGCACCAUGCUCAUCACACACAUGCAGGACCUCCAAGAGGUUACCCAAGAGGUGCACUAUGAAAACUAUCGUUCCGAUCGCCUUGCCAAGGGCAUCAAAGGCAAAGAGAAUGGCAUCAAAUCAGAUCGCAUCGAUACGAAUGGUUCGACACAGGUGGGCGUAAAUAGUGUGCUAUCCGAGAAGGAUCGCAUACUGCAAGAGAAGGAGGCAGAGCUGCGUCGCAUGCAGGAGAUGCUUGCACAAAUGCAGGCGCGCAUGCAGGCACAAAAAUGAGCAGCUUGAACAGAAGAUGAGAUGAGAUGAGAGAGCGUAGCACGUAUUGUGCAAUCUACACAUACACACACACACAUACAUACCUUUUUUUUUAGAUACAUAUAUAUAUAUAUUUUGUACGCAGUUUUUAAGUUGCGAUUGCGAUCGCUAGUCUAUUCGCUUAGUUAUGCAUUUUACACUCACACACACACGAAUAUAUUUAUAUAUGUAUAUUUAUUGAUAUAUAUCUGUGUCAGACAUAUAUGCUCCAAUUUAAAACUGGAAUAUUCAAUCUCAAGGUAUUUGAACCACAGACACACACACACAAACAUAUUUACACACAGCCACACACUUCAUAUCACUCCUAAGAUAAAAGAUCAAGAAAUGAACAUGAUUAACAAACUGUAUUCCUAUUAUAUAUUUAGACGCAGACGUCUUCGAUAUUACAAAUUUGAAUUAUGUGUAAUUUUUUUUUUUUUCAAUUAUAUUUGUACGCUGUAACGCAUUUAAGCUUAAGUUAAAAGAAAACAAACAAAUUCUGCCGAUGUUAAAAUAAUUGAUCUGUUUAUUAGUCUCAAGAAAGUAAGAGAAGAAAAAAAGGAUAAUGAUGAAUGAUCUGUUGAUCAAUUGCAACCGUGUUAUAUUAAAACUUUUCAAUUACUUAAUUAUUUGAAAAGUGCGUAAAAUGUUUAUUCAUAACUAAAGUUAAGUAAAUUCAGUUGAGCGUUAAACUAUUGAGCUAAUAUAUAUAAUCUAUCUAUAUAUAUAUAUAUAUCAACUUACUCUAUCGUAUGUACAUUUAUUUUGUAUUUUUAUCGUGUAUACAUUAAAUAUUUUAUGUAUUAUGUUUAAAAAUUUUUACUUACAUGUAAAAUCCACAAUAUGCAAUUGCUUAAUAAUUUUAAAGCUCAAGCUAAACCGAAUCCUUAUUGUCAUGUAUAUGAACAAUUUGAAUCUUUAAAAUAUUCCUCUAUAAAUAUAUAUAUAUUAUAUGCUUUUUAUACAAUUUCUAAAAAUA